GCCAAAAGCACAAAAAAGGCGUUUUCGGAAGCGACUCGGCCAUGCACAAGGGACAUUUGUUUGUUUUGGGACUGGGGCAGGAAAUCUUGCCGGCCUGAGUCACGGCGGCUCCUUCAAGGAAACGUCAGUGUUCGCCGGUCGCUGUCGCCCGCUGAGCGCCCCUCAGUCCGCGGCCAUGGGGGAGAUGCAGGGUGCGCUAGCUCGGGCUCGGCUAGAGUCGCUGCUCCGGCCCCGCCACAAAAAGCGGGCGGAGGCGCAGAAAAGGAGCGAGUCGGUCUUGCUGAGCGGACUGGCUUUCAUGAAACAGAGAAGGAUGGGCCUGAACGACUUUAUUCAGAAGAUCGCCAACAACUCCUAUGCAUGCAAACACCCUGAAGUUCAGUCCAUUUUGAAAAUCUCCCAACCUCAGGAGCCCGAGCUUAUGAACGCCAGCCCCUCCCCUCCGCCAAGUCCUUCUCAACAAAUCAACCUUGGUCCGUCCUCCAAUCCUCACGCUAAACCAUCUGACUUUCAUUUCCUGAAAGUGAUCGGAAAGGGCAGUUUUGGGAAGGUUCUUCUAGCGAGACACAAGGCAGAAGAGGCCUUCUAUGCAGUCAAAGUUUUACAGAAGAAAGCGAUCCUGAAAAAGAAGGAGGAGAAGCAUAUUAUGUCAGAGCGGAAUGUCCUACUGAAGAACGUGAAGCACCCCUUCCUGGUGGGCCUCCACUUCUCUUUCCAGACUGCCGACAAACUCUACUUUGUCCUCGACUACAUCAAUGGUGGAGAGCUGUUCUACCAUCUCCAGAGGGAACGCUGCUUCCUAGAACCUCGGGCUCGCUUCUACGCUGCUGAAAUAGCAAGUGCCUUGGGCUAUCUGCACUCCCUGAACAUCGUUUAUCGAGACCUAAAACCAGAGAAUAUUCUCCUGGACUCACAGGGACACAUUGUCCUUACUGACUUUGGCCUCUGCAAGGAGAACAUUGAACACAACGGCACAACGUCCACCUUCUGCGGCACACCUGAGUAUCUCGCACCAGAGGUGCUCCACAAGCAGCCAUACGACAGGACAGUGGACUGGUGGUGCCUUGGGGCUGUCUUGUAUGAGAUGCUCUAUGGCCUGCCUCCAUUUUAUAGCCGGAAUACAGCUGAGAUGUACGACAAUAUUCUGAACAAGCCUCUCCAGCUGAAACCAAAUAUUACAAACUCAGCAAGGCACCUCCUGGAGGGCCUCCUGCAGAAGGACCGGACAAAGAGGCUGGGUGCCAAGGAAGACUUUUUGGAGAUUAAGAAUCAUAUUUUCUUCUCGCUAAUUAACUGGGAUGAUCUCAUUAAUAAGAAGAUUACACCUCCAUUUAACCCAAAUGUAAGUGGACCCAGUGACCUUCGGCACUUUGAUCCCGAGUUUACUGAAGAGCCAGUCCCCAACUCCAUCGGCAGGUCCCCCGACAGCAUUCUCGUCACAGCCAGCGUCAAGGAAGCUGCAGAAGCCUUCCUCGGCUUCUCCUACGCGCCUCCCAUGGACUCUUUCCUGUGAACACUCGGGAUGGUGGUGGAGGACUUCCUGCGUGUUUCCAAAUGUUUUAGGUAGCCUUUGGAGUCGCCAGCUGACAGAACAUCUUACAAGAGAAUUUGCACAACGGGAAGCUUGGCGCUCCCAUCGCACACUGCUUGACGGAAGCUUUUUUUGAAGAGCACACCCUCCUCUCAGUGAGCUUGUGAGGUCUUCAUUUUUAUCCUUCCUUCCGACGUGGUGCUAGCUCCAAGGGAGCAUCAGAGUGCCGCCUUAGACAGACACCUCGGUCGCGUUCGAAGGAAGUUGCAGGUCUGAGAGGGAUCUCCCGCAGGUCUGUCUGAGCUGUGAUUACGAAUAUUCUGCAAUGUGCCUUUUCUGAGAUCUUGUUAGCUCCAAAGCUUUUCCUAUCGCAGAGUGUUCAGUUGUUGUUGUUGCUGUUUUUUUAAAAACCUCAUGGAUUUUCCGUGUGAAAACAGUGGUGUGCGUGUGCCAUGCCUGAUCGCGGACGGUCUUGUUGUAAGGAUCAAUGUGACACUUGCAGGACACUACAACGUGGGACAUUGUUUGUUUCUUCCAUAUUUGGAAGAUAAAUUUAUGUGGAGACUGUUUUUGUAAGAUAUAGUUAAUAACUAAAAUCUAUUGAAACGGUCUUGCAACGAUGUGCGCCCAGAUGCUUCACGCAAGCAUUGCUGCCACAGACAUUUCUAUUUUUAGAAAGGGUUUUUAUGGACCAAUGCCCCAGUUGUCAGUCAAAGCCCAGCGUUGGUGUUUUCAUUCUUUAAAAUGUCACCUGUAAAAUGGGCAUUAUUUAUGGUUUUUUUUUUUGCAUUCCUGAUUAUUGUAUGUAUGGUGUAAAGAAAGUCUGUACAUUGGGUUAAAACACUAGUAUAUUUAAACUUACAGACUUAUUUGUAAACCCUCAUCUUAAUGUACUGUAAUUAACAUGGUUAUAAUAUGUACAAUUCCUCCCUGCCACACAACUUUUUUUUGUGUGCAAUAAACCAAUUUUGGUUUGCAAUAAAAUCUUGAAAAACAUUUGCAUAAA